AGCUAUGGAAGGUGUGGUGAGAGGUGAAACAAAAAACAAAAUAAUAACAGCAACAGGCGCAGUGAACACUGGGAGGAGGAGGAGAAGAGGAGUAAAACAAUUCAGAAACAAGUCGCCGUCUGGAAGCAUCUAGGAUAGCUGAACACUACCAGAAAGAGAGAAAGGAAAAUGGCUGAUGUUCCAAAGAUUGAGCUCUUUGUUAAGGCCAGCGAUGAUGCUGAAAGUGUUGGAAACUGCCCUUUCUGUCAGAGGCUCUUCAUGAUCCUUUGGCUGAAGGGGGUCAAUUUCACCCUGACCACUGUUGACAUGAGGAGGGCACCAGAUGUGCUGAAAGAUUUGGCCCCUGGAUCUCAGCCUCCUUUCCUCCUCUUCAAUGAUGAAGUCAAAACAGACACUAACAAGAUUGAGGAGUUCCUGGAGGAGAAGUUGGCCCCACCAACAUAUCCAAAACUCUGCUGCCGGUACAGAGAAUCCAACACCACUGGACAAGACAUCUUCAGAAGAUUUUCUGCAUACAUUAAAAAUGCCAAUCCUAAGCUAAAUGACGGGCUAGAGAAACAGUUUCUGUCAACUCUGGUCAAGCUGAACCAGUACCUUAAUUCUCCACUCACUCAUGAAAUGGAUAAGAACCCAAAUAUCACCGAGUCUACACGCCUCUACCUGGAUGGUGACACCUUCACCUUGGCAGACUGUAACUUGCUUCCCAAACUCAACAUCAUAAAGGUGGUGUGUAAGGAGUACCGUAACUUUGACAUUCCCAGGGAGCUGAAAGGUCUGACCCGUUACCUGGAUAACGCCUACAAGCAAGAUGAAUUUCGGUACACAUGCCCAAAUGACUUUGAGAUCCUCAAUGCCUACAAGCUUGUGGCCAAGUACCUGGCCAAAUAGACCAUGAGUGAAUGACAAACUAACAGGGUUGUUCUGUUUUUAGUAUUUAUCUGCUUUAGUUGAUCCUCUCAUUUAUCUUUUGUGCUGACAGGCUGUGUGUAGCAGCAUUGUUAAAUUGUAUGUGUGCUUGAAAUGGAUCUGUCUUGCAAAUGGGACCAUUUUGAUUCUGUAAAGUUACCUGCAUUAUGAGUAAAGAUGAGGCACAAAUACGUCAUAAACAGCAAUUCAUCUGCGCAUAGCUUGAAGGUUUAUGGUUAUAUCGUUGCUGUGUUUACAUAAAUCAGUAUUUUGCAUUCAGUUAACCAGUCCUAAAUAAAAUAAAUGAAUAUGAGUCAAUGCUGUAUUUCAAUGGUUUCAAUGUUUGCCUUUGAUGUAAACUAAAGUUGAAUUAUGCAUGGUUAAAAAUAUACUGUGUUCAAAAAUAAAGGCUGCAUGAUGCAAAGAAA